GUGGACGUAAUUUGUUUCGGAUGUGCGAGAGGCCCGUGAUUAUUCCGGAAUUUCCCAAAAUUUAAAACAAGUAAGUCCAUUCGCUUCGACCAGGAUAUGGCACCAAAUCUUGAUGCCCCCUCCAAGAAACCGGACGAGCAGAACCAUGGCGAUUCCGCCUUGGAAGCAAUCGCAUCGCUGUUUGAACCAGCCGCUGGCCAAGCCACCUCCUCGGAGGAAGACUUCGAGCUGCUGAGUAACGGUGAAUCGAUCGAGGUACUGGAGGCGGCACCCGAUGGGCUUGAUGCCCCGGCCGGAAGCUGUUCCGGUGGUCCGGAAGUGACUGUCAAAGACGAACAACUGGCUGAACCGAGCGAGGAGACUGAGAUCUUGCAGGAGUUGGAAACGCAGAAUGAUUUCGACAAGGAGGAGCGACGGCCUGCCGAGCCCGAUCAGAGUAUGGACGAUUCCAUCCUGGAGGCGUUGAUUGCGCUGUAUGUUGACGAGGACCAGCGAACGGAACUAGACACUUCCGAGGUGGUCAUUGCUAAAGUCUCUUCGGAGACGAAAGUUCCGGCCAUCGUCCACGAAGUACCGGAAAGCUUCACACGAACGCCCACCGGUGGAGUCCGAUUUGAGAGCUCCAACGGGCUGGAAUUUAUUUCGCUGGGACUAACGCUGCCGUUGAAGGUCAGCCAGCUGAAGUGUUCGGCACGAAUCUUCCACGACGGAAUGGAAAUCCGGCUGCACAACGAGGGUUGUCUCUUUCUCAUUGACGACAGCUUCAUGGCCAGGGUUGAGCUGAUGCACGCGGUUCCGGUGCUGAGUGCAGGCCACUUUGCCCAAGCGAAAACAGCACUCUUCCGGCAACUCCGCAUUGGCCAGAUCUUUGUGGAUGAGGUGAUGGCCUAUCGGGACCGCGAACGAACCCAACUGUUGGCCACGAUCAAUCACAUCCAAAAACGAGCAGCGACGGAUCCCGCCGACGCGAUGCAACUCUUUUCCGUCGUCCAAAAAUCGACCAACCUCAACUACAUUGACUUCAGUGAGCUGCUCUCAAACAACUCGGCCACGCCACCAAUCCUGAAGGAACAAGCCGUCAAACUACAUCGAAUCGAGGAAAUCACGGAACGCAGAAAUCGCUUCCUGGGGCACUUCCACGUCCGAUUUGCCAACCCGACUCACGAGCUCAAGGCCACACUGAAGGAGUUUUGCACCGCAGUUGUGGAGAAUCGCGCCAACUCGUUGCUGGACAUGGCUCCGCAUUGCCUUCGCGAGAAGCUGAAGGAUGUUCCCCAGCGGAGCAUUUUUCGGAUGCACGACAAAGACGUGAAAGUGUUUCACGAUCUGGAUCAGGUGCUGAACAGAGAAAUCUUUCAGAAACCGUUGGAAGAUCUUGCCGGGCGGUGGAUCCAUCGCGUGAAAACUUCGAAACCCAGCGAUGCGAUCGUUUCGGUCGUGAAUCCGAUCUAUUUCUCGCUAUGUCGAAGUCUGGAGGAGUUGAUUUUGGAGAUCGUCAGUAAAACCGACCACAAUCCGGAAGAGUUGCUGCUGAGCGAUCGCAACGGCUGGCAUGCGAUGAAGACCGCGAUCCGAUGGAAGUCGGAAACGAGUCUGACCAAGUGUCUUCAGCGGGAGUACUUCUUCGUGGUUCGAUUACUGAAGCAUUUCGAUCCGGCAUCGGACAAUCCGAAGCCGUUUGACUACAAGCCACGUCGGCUGCUGGGCGGCGCUGCCAGGGAAUCAAUGCUGGGCAGUUUGUUCCGACGACUGGUCGGUCAACCGAAGCAAAACCCGCUGGGAAUCGCGGACGAGUUCUACGUCUGGUUCUGCCUGCUUGACGACGUUCUUCACCACGUUCUGCCGGACGACGACCACGCUCUGGACAUAUUCGAGCAAAUCUUGCAGAACUUUGUUCAGCUGCUCAGCGUGGCCACGUUCGAGCAAAUGGAGAUGAUUCGGGUCAUCACGCACAGCAUUGGGCGGUUCAUCGUGCAGAUUUUCCUCUUCGUCAGCUCGGACAAGGCGCAAUCCUACGAGGACAAGCAAAUCCUGCAGGCCCAACUGGAUGCCAUUAACCGGACGAUGGUGGGGGCGGACUCGACGAAGUUUUUCCGCGAUCUGAUCGACGUUUUCAGCAGUUACUGGAAGAAUCGCUGCGGCAUCAUCGAGAACAUUCCGUCGAAGAAUGCCCUCGGGGAGAUGGAACAGAUAAAGAAGACGCUGCUGGCGAUUGUGGUUGUUGCCUUGCGGAAGAACGUCGGCGCUGAGCACGUGAUCAGCCUGUUCCGGUGCUUGAACGACUUUAUCGUUGAUUUGGACGACGUGUGCUUUGAUUGGUUGAUCAAAUCCUUGCCGGAAAAGCCGAUGAAAGCCCUAAUUACGAUGGAAUUUAUUGAACCUGUAGACAACAAGUGGAACGGUACUGAAAACCAGGUGUACCGCGUUGUCAAGCCUGUCGAAUUCCAGCAGAUUGCUCCUGUUCUGCUAGCAGGUAAAGCUGGUCCAAAGCACUGCGUCAUCGAGGUGAUCUCCACGCUGCUUGGCUGCAUACAUACUCAGCUUGAACGCGAACGCUGGACGUCCAACAAAUGCCUAUCUCCGUCGGACCAGAUCGUGUCCAGCAGCGUCCUAAUUUCGUCGAUCCGAAGCACGCUGAUCUAUCUACGCGAGCAGGAAGAAUACGUUUCGUUCGACAUGUUCGUAGAAGAAAGGAUCAACCCGUUCUGCAAGGUCGUAGAGACCUGUCCAUCGCUGAGUGACUUUGUCAAACGAGUCGGAAUGAUCAAGGAGUCGUUCUGUUACAUGCGAAAGCAGAACGAAAUGAGCGUCGCUGAGGCGUUGAGGAUGUACUGCGAGCAGAACGACGAGGGCGGGUUCAACGCAGAACAACUCCAGCAAGCGUACGAGCAGUACAGUGACCAGUUUGAGACGUACAUGGCAGAAACGGUUCCGGAGGAGGAUUUUAAAGCUAAGGUUGCCGUUCUGACCAAGCCAUUGCUGGAGUCUGUCCAGCCGAUUCUGUUCAAAGAGUGGAGCGUCGAGUUCAAACGGACGGAGAUGCCGAAGAUCCUGGCUGGAGUGGCCGCCGUGUGGUCCACCAUGGUGUCUGCGGAUGUGUCCAGCACUGGAAAGUACUUCAAACCUCACUGCAUCCAGAUUUUGUGCGUGCUGAGGCUGCUCGGAGCGGAUAGCGGAGAGAAGGGCGUGUCCAAGCACCUGGCGCAGGUUCUCACCGGUCAAGGAAAGUCGCUGGUCCUGGCCCUGAUCGCGGCGGUCUUGGCUCUGACGGGUCAUCAGGUGCAGCUGGUCUGUUACAACGACUACUUGGUGAAACGGGAUGCUAAGGAUUUUGUUGACUUGUACGACAUCUUGGAGAUUGAAGAUGCUGUUAAGUACAACACAUAUCGUGAAAUGGCCAACGCAAUGAUAGCUCCGGAGGUCAAUGGUAACAGGAUGGGCCUUCGAAAGUUUGUAAAUGACUUAUUACUACCGGAACCAGGAAAUAAGCGACCGGAGAAACCCAAAGCGCAAGUACAGGACAACUCAAUUCUUCUUAUGGACGAAGUGGACGUCUUCUUCACCAAGGAAUACUACGGAACGGAAUACUGGCCUAUCACUACUCCUAUUAUACCUGGUUUGGAUCACAUUCAGGAGCGAAUCUGGAUGUUGGUACACAAACUUGGCUUGCGUGAUGUUCAGCAAGUGACGCUGCACAUCAACGAAUUCAUUUCCUCGCACUCUUUUGGACGGAGACUAGACUUUGAAAAAUUUCUGAACAACGAAAAAUCUUACGAGUUGGUUGUCUGCAUUGGAGAAAACUACAUUCGAAAGCAGUUUACCAACAAAAGUUUGUUUAGUGUUCAUCUGAAGGAGAUGAUCGAAAAUGCCGUUGCGGUCAAUAGCGUUGCAUCUGAGCACAGAUAUUACAAGUUGGACGCCUACGGCUGUAUCGCUUACAGAGACAAAGAACGUUUCGUGACAUGGACCAUACCAAGAUAUAUGUCAGUGUUCAACUAUUUAAGAUUGAAACAACACAAUUUUCAAGUUGAAGUGGAUUUUGUGAAAAACUAUGGCUACUUAAACGUUAGGUGCGGUUCUCUGUCCUACGCCAUGCUGCCGAAGGCCUACCCGCUCAUCCUGGGGGUUACGGGAACGUUGACCUCGCUGAACCAGUACGAAAAAGCGGCCAUCGAUCGUCUGUACAACAUCAACCGAUCCUCGAUCAUGCCGUCCUUCUUCGGGUGCUCAAAUCUCGCAUUCAACCCCGCACAGAACUUCACCCACCUGGCCACCAAGCCACUUUGGAUGGGCAAAAUCUUCACCCAAGCCCACGCCGCAGUCGGAGCGAAUCGUGCCGCCAUCAUCUUCUUCUACGACGACACGCUGCUUUUGGAGUUUCGCGCUCAGUACUGUGGCCAGUUCGAUCGUCUGCAGGUCCUCACCGAGAACACCGACGAAGGCAAGCAUGAGCAUUUGAUCAGCGAAGCGGGAGUCGCCAAAACGGUGACGCUGGCCACGCGAGGAAUGGGCCGUGGCGUGGACUACAAGUCGAGCGUUGCGGUGGAGAAGAACGGCGGCGUGCACGUGAUCCAGAGCUUCUUUUCGCUGGACGUGAAGGAGGAAACGCAGAUCCGGGGAAGAACCGCCCGGAAGGACAACAGGGGAAGCUACGAGCUGAUUGUUCUCGAUGAAAAUUUGAAAACUCAACAGCUGAUCGAGGCAGGAGAACAGGAGGUGACGUACGCGGGACUGGAUGUGGCUCGUACGAAGAUCGCGCUGAUGGAGAACAAGGACAUUGAGGUAUCGAUCGAGAAGAACACCAACGAUCAUAUGACUACGCUGGCCUACUUGCAGUCGUUCUUCAAGUGAUGUAGUUGAAGCUGUACAAACAGGUACGUUCGAACGAAUAAAGUUAAGCGGAUUUCCCCUUCCUAGCCUUCACGAGU